AGGGAUCGAUAUAGAGAAAAACUGAAGGAGAGGUUGGUAGUAGGUCACCGGCCGGCCGGUUUAAGAGUUUAAGCAAUGGAAACCAGAAGAUGGUUAUAUCUGAUAUUGUUGGUGUUGAUGAUGAUGGCGAGAGGAGAAGGACAAUUAGUGGAGAAUUUCUAUGGCUCUACCUGUCCAAAGGUCGAAGAUAUUGUUAGCGAGACAGUCAGGACGAAAAUAAAGCAGACAAAUGUUACUAUUCCGGCCACUCUCCGUCUCUUCUUCCACGACUGCUUCGUCGAGGGUUGUGAUGCCUCGGUGUUGAUCGCCUCAGCCAAUGGAGAUGCAGAGAAGGACGCAGAAGAUAAUUUGUCCCUUGCAGGAGAUGGCUUCGACACCGUUGUCAGGGCAAAGCAAGCACUAGAAAAGGAAUGCCCAGGUGUAGUCUCUUGUGCUGACAUCUUAGCCCUUGCCACCAGAGAUGUUGUAUUCCAGGCUGGAGGACCACGUUACCAAGUAGAACUGGGACGUCGUGAUGGUCUUGUUUCCCAGAAAUCACGAGUAGCCGGAAACCUACCAGAAGCCAAAUUCGAUCUCGACCAACUCAACUCCAUCUUCAGUAGCAACAAUCUCAGCCAGAUUGACAUGAUCGCGCUCUCUGGUGCUCAUACGGUUGGCUUCUCCCACUGCAAACAAUUCGCAAACAGGCUCUACUCCUUUACCCCAUCUUCCCCAGUUGACCCUUCCAUGGACUCAAACUACGCUUCGGAAAUCAUGUUAUCUUGUCCUCAGAAUGUAGACCCCAGUGUGGCUGUUAACAUGGACCCUUUAACCCCAGUAGUAUUCGACAAUGUAUAUUACCAGAAUUUGCUUGCAGGAAAGGGCCUCUUCACAUCCGAUCAGGUGCUCUUCACAGACCCUGCGUCACGGCCUACCGUCAAUGAUUUUGCUUCGAAUCCUAACAAUUUUAACGAAGCCUUUAAAACAGCUAUGACAAAGCUGGGAAGAGUGGGUGUGAAGACAGGUACAGAAGGAGAGAUCAGGAAAGACUGUACAUCUUUCAAUCCUGCUAGAUGAUGAUGAUGAUGAUGAUACUCUGCAGCUAGCUUUGCAAUGGGAAGACAUCGAUGAAUAAGAUGCUGCUGGUUGAAGCUACUAUUAUUCUUUUCAAAUAAAGCUUCGGGUUGCUUUGAAACCGAUCGAUGCUUGUAUCGAAUCGGUACUUGAUAUAAUAUAUAGUUAUGUAUACAAUGUUGAAGACUUGAAGUUGCUCAAAGUGGAAAUCAACUUCACGUAAAACUGUUUCAGUUUCACAGUGAAAUAUUAAAUUUAAAAUAAAAAAAAAA